AUGAAUUAGAAUGAUAUUUUAAUAAAAUUAUAGGAGGAACAAAAGCCAAAGAUGCAUGAAUUGCAUUUAAUUUAAUAACGAGAGCUGUAUGAUAUGAUUCGUCAUCAUCAAUAGGAAUAAUUAUAAAUUAUUGAGUCAUUGAAAGAAAAAGAAUUAAUCUUCCCUAAUUUAUCAGAAGCCAACUAUUUAGAGAGAAAAAAUAAACAAAUCUCAAUUAUAAGUCUUACAAUUUUAGUCAAUAUAAAUUGCUAAAAUUAACCGAUUUUAAAGAAUCCUGGUCAAGGAUAGAGGCCCAACAAUAUAAACUGAAAAAUCGGAGCAAUUAAAAGAAAAAAUGGAUAGGAUGCUUGAAUUUGCAGAAUAUAUACUAAAAUGAGGUGAUAGAAUAGGUUAAAUCGGAGCAUCGACAUUUUAAGAAGGAAUCCCUAAAAGUUAACGUAAAUAAGUAACCGCUCUACAAAGAGGAUUGGAAUAUACAAGGUCAAUUUUAAAACCAAUUUUCAUCCUUUAACCAUAAAAGUCUAGAAGAUUAAAUAAUGAUUCAGAAAAAAAUGAAUUACUAGAAUAUGAAUUGA